UGCGUAUCCAGUAAGAGAUUUUUCUACAGAAGCAAUGUCUUUGACUCCAGCAACACAUUAUAUGUAUACACCCCUGAAUCAGCUUAAAGGGGGUACAGUUGUCAACGUGUAUGGUGUCGUGAAGUUCUUUAAGCCCCCAUAUUUAAGCAAAGGAACUGAUUAUUGCUCUGUUGUCACGAUUGUGGACCAGACAAAUGUCAAAUUGACCUGCCUGCUCUUUAGUGGAAACUAUGAAGCCCUUCCCAAAAUUUACAAAGUUGGAGACAUUGUUCGCUUUCACAGACUGAAGAUCCAGCAAUAUAAAAAUGCGAUUCAAGGUAUCACCAGCUCUGGCUUUGCGUCUUUGACCUUUGAAGGAACUUUGGGUGCACCUGUCAUACCUCGCACUUCAAGCAAGUAUUUUAGCUUUACUACUAAUGACCACAAGAUGGUAGAAGCCUUACGUGUUUGGGCAUCUUCUCAUAUUUCCCCUCCUUCAGCCUUAUUAAAAUUGUGUGAUGUUCAGCCAAUGCAGUAUUUCGACCUGACUUGUCAGCUUUUGGGCAAGGCAGAAGUGGAUGGAGCAUCAUUCCUCCUAAAGGUGUGGGACGGCCACAGGACACCCUUCCCAUCUUGGAGAGUUUUGAUACAAGACCUUGCACUGGAAGGUGACUUAAAUCAACUCCAUCAACUGCAGAACCUGACAAUAGACAUUUUAGUGUAUGACAACCAUGUCCAAGUGGCGAGAUCUCUGAAGAUUGGAAGCUUUCUUAGAAUCUAUAGUCUCCACACCAAACUUCAGUCACUGAACACAGAGAGCCAGGCGACAGUGCUGUGCCUGGAGUUCCACCUCCAUGGAGGCACGAGCUAUGGCCGCGGUAUCACAGUCUUGCCCCAGAAUAACUCUGAUGUGGACGAGCUGAAAAAGGCGUUAGAAUCUGCGGACUGGACCAGUCAGCCCUCCGAUCAUUUCUGUCCCUCAGAACACGAGGACAGCUUUUCAACUCCUUCAAGCUCUGGGUCCGUGUCUCCGUACGAGCUGGAGAGAUGCCAGCAGCUGUCUGCCACCAUACUCACAGAUCAUCAGUAUUUGGAGAAGACCCCACUCAGCACCAUUUUGAAACAGACUGCUCCUAAACAGUAUCGCAUCCGAGCAAAGUUAAGAUCCUACAAGCCGAAACACCUCUGGCAGUCCGUUAAGCUGCACUGCCCUAAGUGCCAUUCACUGCAAGAAGUUCCACAUGAGCGCAAUUUGGACAUGAUUUUGCAAGAGAGUGCAACCAAAACCGCAGAUACCAAACUACACAACACAUCACUGUAUGAUUCAAAGCUGUGGCCCACCAAGGGGCAAGGUGGGCGGCAUGUAGCCGUGCACUUUGUGAAACAAAGAGGCAUUCUCCCGCUUGCCCGCGACUGUGUGAUCCUCAUAGAAGGAGGUACAGUCUGUGAAAUCUAUAAACUCGCUGCCAAGUUCCAUAGUGUAAUUCCUGUGCGAUCUGGCCCGGAAGACCUGGAACUCCUGGACCUUUCAGCGCCAUUUUUCAUACAAGGAAAGGUACUCCACUACGGAUGUAAACAGUGUUCUACUUUGCGACCAAUACAGAGUCUGAGUUCUCUGGUUGAUGCGGCGUGGACCCCUUCCACCGUGGCAGAAGUUCUGGGUGUCGUGCCCCUCCAGUAUGUGUUUGUCAUGACAUUCACUUUUGAUGAUGGGACUGGAGUGUUGGAAACCUAUCUCAUGGACUCUGACAAAUUCUUUCAGGUCCCAGCAUCAGAAGUUCUGGUUGAUAAUGACUUCCAGAGACGUGUGGACUUGAUUAUGGAAACGUUCUGUCCUCCAGGAAGAAAAAUUGACGCAUAUCCGUGGUUGGAAUGCUUCCUCAAGUCGUACAACGUCACGAAUGGGGCGGAGCAGCAAGUUUGCUAUCAGAUUUUUGACACCACAAUUGGAGAAGAUGUUAUCUAAUAAUAUUCCUGUGCUGAAAAAACAGCUGUCAGGAGUAUAAA